GUUUAUCAGUUCCCCUGUCAUUUACUGGGAUGUGUGGCCAUGCUAUGGAAGGAAGCUAAAGCCACAGUGCUGAGAGUAGGGCUGAGUCAGGGUCUAAAGAGGUUUAUUCUCUUUGUUUGUCAUAAAGAAUGUCGUUUUAGGACUUGGGUUUUGUGGUCUGUGUUGCCAUGGAGUCUGAUCUGAUCUUAUUACUGAUUAUAUAUCCCACCUGUCUGCUACACUGCAAAGAAUCUUGUUCUUUACUGCUGAAGAAAUGUCUCCGCUUUCCGAGUAUGCACUGCGCAUGUCUCGUCUGAGUGCCCGGAUCUUUGGUGAAGUGGCCAGGCCUACUGAUUCAAAGUCCAUGAAAGUGGUGAACCUGUUCAGCGAGCAGCCCUUAGCCAAGAAGAAAGAGACUUAUGACUGGUACCCAAAUCACAACACGUAUUUUGCGCUCAUGGGCACCCUCCGUUUCCUUGGCCUUUACAGAGAUGAGCAUCAGGACUUUAAAGAAGAGCAAAGACGUCUGAAGAAGCUCCGUGGGAAGGGGAAACCAAGGAAAGGAGAAGGGAAAAGAGCUGCAAAGAGGAAAUAGUACCAGCUCAUGGAGAGAGAGAACGCCUUCCUCGGUGACUAAGAAAGUGCAUCUCGGUAUCUUCCCGAGGCUUAGAGGAACAGGACUUCUCCCAGCAGACAUCAACCCUGUAUUCGUCUUCACAGGACUUCCCUCAGCAGACACCAACCCUGUGUUCGUGUUCACUUCAGUUAAGCUCUGGCUGGUUUCUUGAAGAUAAUAUUCUAAUCCUUCAAAAUUAUAAUGGCCUUGGUUUUGUAGUCUGAAGCAUACCUAAUUCUAUAAUGGAAUGAAUAAACUGUUGUUGAGUGAUUUGUUUAAGAUUGGAAUGGCUGUUGGGAUUGGAGUAGGGGAACCUCCCUAUGAAUGUCCAGCACUUUCUUUAUUCCUCCAUUGCUCCCCCACCCAGCCCUAACCUUCCCUCUCUCUGACCAGUGAGCCUUUGUCUUCACCAUCAAGCUUGCUCUUUAAAAGGUACUUAACUGGGAUUAAAAGCUUUCUGAAACAGG